AGCUGGCUUGGCUUGCCACCUUACAACUGAGCAAAGGUUUGAGGGAAGUCCUACACUUACGUAUUUAUCUAUUUUUACAAUUCUCUAGAAUAUUUCUCUGCUUUUCUGUGUACGGUGAAGAGGUGUGAUCUUAGCAUGAUGUGGUGUGAUCUAAGCAGACUGUCAUCAUAUAGGAAGUAGAGGGUUUGUUAGAAGGACUGUAGUUGUAGAGAAAGUCACUUGUCUGUGGGGACAGAAUGGAGCACACCUUGCUCUGUUUGCUACUAUUGCUGAGUACACACAUCUACUCUGGACACUCUGAAGAUGAUGGACAGGCAAAGGCUGUUCUGACCAUACGCCCCAAAUCCUCCCAGAUAUUCAGUGGAGAGUCUGUCACUUUCAGAUGUAACAUACAGAGGGGAAAAGUCACUGACUGGGAAUACACAUGGCGCAAGGAUGUUGUAGACUUAUUCAGUAGGAAGCAUAAAUAUGAGAUCAGUGAGGUUAAUAUUUCAAACAGUGGUAACUACUGGUGUCUGGGUAGACAUAUUGAUCAGAAGAAGGAUUCUAAGUGGAGUGAUGCAGUCACACUGACGGUGACAGCUCUGCCUACAGCCUCAGUGAAGAUGGUCACUACCCAGGAGACACUGUAUCCCAGAGACACAGUCAAGCUGCAGUGUGACAUAUCAAACUACACAGGCUGGACGUACCACUGGUUAAUGAAUAAAGAACUGCUUUCCAGUCAGACCAGUAAAACAAGCACCAUCUCUCUCUCUGACCAGGCUGGUCAGUACCAGUGUCAGGGGACAAGGACAAAACGGCCCCAAAAUUCAUAUCUCAGCUCAUCUCUCCACAUUAGCGUCACAGCUCUUCCUGAAACUACACUGACCGUAAAUCCAAACCCAGCAUAUAAAGGAGAGACAGUAACUCUGACGUGUUCAGUGGGGUCUGACAGUGGCUGGAGCUAUACAUGGCACAAAGACAACACUAAGAAAGUAGUGACCUUGUCUGACAGACACACUACAACAGGAGCCACCUUCACCAUCAGUAGAGCUGCUGAGUCUGACCAGGGUCUCUACUGGUGUCAGGGAGAGAUCCAGUCCAGAUCCAUAUCAUCAAUCAUCAGUGAUCCUGUCACUAUCACUGUGAAAGGCGUAAAUCCUGGACCCUCUACAUCAGUCCUAGUAGGAGUGGUUGUGGGCCUGGUUGUUGCUGGUGUUCUACUGGCCAUUCUCCUGGUACUGCUGUGUCGAUAUAAAAAAGCCAAAGAUUCCUGUUGCAACAGAAUAUUCUCGCCCCCCCAGCCCCAGAGCACCAACCUGGACCCCCAACAGGACCAAGGAUCUACCCAGAGCCAGGCUCCUGAUGCUGGGUAUACACAUCUACAGCAUGAUGGCGCUAACAUCUAUGAUACAAUCACACCCUCAGACAAUGAUGACAAUGAUGCUGGUACUGCUACUGCUGGAUCAAGUGAUGUGAUGUACGCACAGAUUCAACUCAAACAGUUGGACAAGAAAAAGAAAAAAAUGACAGCUGAUCCAAAAGAAAAUCCAGUCUAUUCUGCGGUGAAGACAGGGAAGACCACAGCAGCAACUGGACUUGUUGAUGUGACCUAUGCUGAGGUUAACCUUAAACAGAAGGCCAAAGCCAAGAAGAAGAAAGAAACAGCAACCCCACCUGAGGCAGAUUUGGUCUAUUCUCAAUUGAAGCCAUGUACAGCCCCAGGUACUUGAGGGGGUAAGGGAUGGAGGGAUGGAUGGAUGGAGGGAAGGAUGGAGGGACAGAAGGAUGGAAGGACACACCAUCAGAAGAGCAGAAGGAACCCAGAACAUGGAUGUUGUACGCUCAACACACACAAGCAAACACACAUGCACAAACACACACGCAAUAACACCUUGUACAUCAAGGAGUUCUCACUUAUUUUAUUUACUUAUUUUAUUGUAUUUCAACAUGGUUAAAUUGUGUUUCACUGUAACAGCUUUUUUUAACAAUAUGGUACAUCGUCGUAUUGUGUAUUGAGUUUAUUGUUGAUUUAUUCAGAUGAUAGAAUAACGUAUUUGUUUUUGAAUUUCCCAAAAAGUACUAUUCCCGUUUUCUUCUAAUCACCUGUACUUUUACAAUAUCUUUGCGUUGUGCUUUUUUAAUAAACUAUUUUUCAUCCA